CUUGUUGGAGAAGAGUAAAAACUCUGUUAAUGUCAAUUAGAAAGCCAUUAAAAAUAAAAACAGUAGUAAAUUUGUUGUUGGUUCAGUCUUAAGAGAGAGAGAGAGAGUUGUUGUCUGCGCGAUGUCACUUUCUGUCGGCAUUGUCUGAGUUCCGACACAAGACUUGUUUUCAUUAUCUUCUCUUCACGUUCGAGUUCUAGAAACUGCCGCGGAGAUAGAUUUGAUGUUUCAAAGCUCCUUUUCUUCUCGAACUCUCCCUUUUUAACAUUUUCACACCAAAUCUUCUGCAGAUUCUUGUGAUAUGUAAUCUCCGAUGAAGUUUAUCGCAUGGUAGUAAAAGUUUGGAGCAUCGCUGAGAAGCUAUUUUGUAUACAAAUGUCAGCCGUUCCUCUUACAGCAGCCAUUGGAGGUGCUGUUGGAGCUCUUGCAUUGUCUGCUCUCUUGGUUUUUCUCCUAUGGUUUUGCAUCUUUCGUCGCAAAAAUGCAUCAAGAACUUCUGAGUCAGGCUCUUCUGAUCCAUCAACUCAAGGAAGAAGUGUUGCAAUGGACUUGUCAAUGAGAGAAGCAAGAAGGUUUAAGGUGGAGGAACUUGCUCAAGCCACCAAGAGUUUCACCAACAAAAGCCUUAUUGGUAUAGGCAAAUUCGGCGAGGUUUACAAAGGUUUGCAUCAAGAUGGUGUUCUUGUGGCCAUCAAGAAACGUCCAGGCUUGCCAACACAAGAGUUUGUUAACGAGGUUCGUUAUCUAUCGUCUAUUAAUCAUCGUAAUCUUGUUACUCUUUUGGGUUAUUGCCAAGAAAACAACACGCAGUUUCUUGUCUACGAGUAUGUUCCUAACGGAAGUGUUUCCAGUCACCUGUACGGUGCUGGUGAUAAAGUAUCUGGAAAUAGACUAGAGUUCAGGAAUAGGCUUGCCAUAUCUAUAGGAGCAGCUAAAGGCUUGGCACAUCUUCACUCACUGAGUCCUAGGUUGAUACACAAGGACUUCAAAACAGCUAAUGUUCUUGUGGAUGAGAAUUUCAUUGCCAGAGUUGCGGAUGCUGGAGUCCGUAACUUCUUGGGAAGAGAUGAUGUUGUUGUUGGUACAUCGUCUCUUGAUGCUGCAGACCAGAUCUUCCUCUCACCAGAGGUUCAAGAGUUCAGAAGAUUUUCAGAGAAGAGUGAUGUCUAUGCUUUUGGGGUAUUCCUCUUGGAGUUAGUAAGUGGAAGAGAAGCAUCAGAACCAUCCCCUUCAAGCUCAACACAAACUCUAGUAGAAUGGAUGCAAAACAUAAGGGAUUACAAGGAUAUACCCAUGAUGAUAGAUGAGAGACUAGGUGGUACAUACACAGCAGAAGGAGUGGAGGAGGUUAUUACACUGACACUGAGGUGUCUUAAUGUUUCAAGCGAGAAGAGACCAGCAAUGAGUUAUGUUGUGGCAGAAUUGGAGAGAAUAUUGGAUAAGGAAGUGAGCUUAACAACAGUAAUGGGUGAAGGUACUCCUACUGUUACACUUGGAAGUCAGCUUUUUAAAUCAUCAAACUGAUGAAAAAAAUUGGAAUCAUCUUUGCAUUUAUAUUUAUUUAUAUAUAAGAUCUCUGAUUCUCUGAGACAAAAACUAAUCAGAGAUCUUAAGAGGAUGAAGAUUGAUCAGCUGUUUUUGUGUUAAGUGUACAAACAACAGCUGAACUAUUCUUAUUAUUCGUUUGUUUUUUUUCCCUAUUUUACUUCCAUUGGUGGUUACUUUCAGCAGAUUAUUUUUGACAGUGAGUGCAGAAAAUGUAACUUUGUAAAAACAUUAUUUAUUGAUGAUAUGGAGGAAGCAAAGAGUGGAAUGGUGUGGGAUUCU